AUGGCCAGACCAAAUGUUGUAGAGGAGUAUAGGACAGUAGCUUCGGAUUAUGAGGCCUUCACAGUCACCACGCCGAUCGGCCGCCUCGAGUCCGAGCUCUACCUGACCGCGCUCGGCGACCCAACCGGUCUCACCGUCCUUGAUCUCGGCGGUGGGACUGGCCUCAGGGCCCGGCAGGCCGUUGAGCGAGGCGCGGCCUCGGUGGACGUGGUCGACAUCUCCGCCGAGAUGCUCCAUGUUGGCGAGAAGGAGGCCGCGAAGAAGGGGCUUGGCGAGCGCAUCCGGUGGUUCGAGGCGGAUGUGUCGCAGAACUUGACCAAUCUGGGUCUAAGGGAGUCUUAUGACAUCGUGCAAGCCAAUUGGGUGUUCGACCAUGCCAAGGACAUCGAGACCUUGGAGAAGAUGUUUACGACUGCGGUGGCUCAUUUGAAGCCCGGAGGCCAGUUUAUCUGCGUCCAUGCCGUCAACCCGAAGGGGUCCCUCAAAGGGAAAAAGUACGGGGUUUCUUAUACCGGACUCGAGGAGAUUCCUGGAGGACUAAAGUACUGGGUGACAUUGUGGGCAACCGAUCCACCGGUCAAGUUCGGAGGAACAUCGCUCGAGGUUCUUUACUCUGGGUCUCUGCAGAUGUACAAGAAGUUCGGGCUGGUUGACGUCACAGUUGUGCCCAUUGAGAAGACAGAAAUCAUUCAAGAGGAUCCGGAGUUAUGGAAGGAUUGCGUGGAGGAGCCUACCGUAGAAGUUGUCACAGCUUCAAAGGCAAAGUAG